CGGCCCUUUUCCUUAGCCUGACAAACUGUGCAUGUGAUUGGUGUUCGAACUACAAACUUGUCUCAGGUAUAUUUGGGGUGGAAAGAGUGUGCUUGCAGACAACACCCAUUACUGAUAGAGGAAAAACAAGAGUGGGGAGGAUAUUUGUACUGAACAUCAAACCGUUCAUCUAUUCUGUCCAUGGAAAGGAAAUGUGUACUAGUAUCCAACCAAUGUACUGUUGGGGGUCAACAGUGAAUGGAGAGCUGGGGGUUGGCGCCCCUGAGGUAGAACAGCUGACACUUCCGACUGUCAUGGACUUUGCAGAGUCAUGGAAUGUCAAACAAGUGGCCUCAGGACUGACACACUGCCUGAUUCUGACGGAAGAGGGCUCGGUGUAUUCAUGCGGCAACAAUGAACUAGGGCAGCUCGGUCACAACAAGAUCACCAGAAAGCCAGAGCUCGUUGACAACCUAGAAAACUACAGCAUAGUGCAAGUCGCUGCCGGUGACCAGCACUCGAUCGCUCUCACGUCAUGGGGCUUGAUCUAUGCUUGGGGUGAGAAUGGCUUUGGCCAGCUGGGUUUGAAUUCGACUGAGCCACACACUUCCAUCCCGAAGCUGGUGAAGAGCCUAGCGCGCAAACAGGUGAUCCAAGUGGCCUGUGGAUCCAGUCACACACUGGCUCUCACUUCAGGUGGGGAACUCUAUGCCUGGGGCUCCAACCUAUCAGGUCAGCUGGGACUUGGCCAUAGGGAAGGACCCCAGAAGGACCCCAUCCUCAUCAAGGCCCUGCUGGGUGUCCCCCUGGUUCACAUCACGGCCGGUGGGCAGCAUUCGGCCGCUCUCUCCCAGGCCGGCUUCCUUCUCACUUGGGGUUCCAACAAGUACGGUCAGCUGGGAUUCUCUUCCAACAAGGAUGACUUGUAUUGUAAUAUACCAACACCUGUACCCAAUCUGGCCACAUACUCGGAACCUUUACGUUAUGUAUCAGUGGGAGAGGGACACACUGCAGUGCUUGAUGCACAUGGCAAACUAUUUACCUUUGGCUAUGGACGAUAUGGGCAGCUGGGUCAUGGCAACUGCGACGACCUCUCUGUGCCACGAACUGUCCUCGACUUGUGUGGUUCAAAAGUGAGCCAAGUGGCCUGUGGGAGGUGUCACACCUUAGUUUAUAUCCCAUCUCAGGGUCAGCUCUAUGCAUUUGGCCAAGGAAUGUCUGGCCAACUUGGUAUAAAGACGCCACAGAAUCGCAACCUACCGCAAGUGGUGGUGGGCCCCUGGCUCUCCCCUCGAGGAGUGAGCCUCCUGGACACGAGCGAGGAGGAGGAAAGUCCCAGAAUCUAUGUGAAGAGAAUAUACUCGGGAGGAGACGCAAGCAUGGUAACUGUAACUCAAGAAGCAGGGUCAGCCGACGAUUUCUGCAAGAUGCCCAUCUUUCAAGUGCCGCUCCAGAUCGAGGAGAAUAAUAUCAACAAGAUGGUCUCAACCGGCGAGGAGGACAUGGUCGACGAUGAUCUGUUUUCGUACAUGGAAACUGCGUUGGGGUCUGUGGCCUGUUGGAAUAUCUCAUUCUUAAAGGAAGGCUCGGCAAAACACAGCCAUGGGCUUGACUUCAGAAAGGCAGAGGACUGUUUAGCAAAGUUGGGACGUGUGACCAGAGAGUCGUUUCUAGAAAUUAUCCAGACAAGCUUAGAGAGUGUCGUCAAGGAGCUGCCGCUAAAACCCAUCACCCUAGAUGGGCUGCGGUGUUUCAUGCUCCUCCCCCUGCUGCAGAACUUCAAUGACGCGCGACACAUGAGGAGUGUGCACCUACCCUAUGCUGAGGCAGUUCUUGGGUUGGAUAAGGCCAAGGCAGUGGUCUUCAAGAAAUGGCUCAAAGACCUGCCGAAUGACUUCAUGAGCCGCCUCUUGAGCAUCUACAAAGGGGUUGUGGUGCAGAUUCUCAAGGAUGCCAAUGCCAAUUCCUCAGAGAUUGAGAGACGUGUCCUACAGGCUUCCUUGCGUUUCCUGGCCCUCUUGCACGAGGAGAACCACAAGGACUCAGCCAAAUCCACGCGGCUGCCCUAUGAGGAGUUCUACAUCCCGGAGAUCGCGGAGAAGAUCGACAUCCGCAACGACUACCUGAACUGGAUCCGCUCCAAAACCUUGGCCAAUGUAAAAAUAGAUGGGCCAAUCUCAUUCUGUGAAUAUCCCUUCUUGUUUGAUGCCCAAGCGAAGACACUGUUGUUGCGCUGCGAUGCCACCAGACAGUCCGAGGUGCAGUUCCUCAACAUCCACAUCCACCGCGACAACAUCGUCCAGGACACGAUCACACAACUUAUGGACCACAGAGUCACUGACUACAAGAGGCCUCUGAAGGUUCGUUUCAUCGGUGAAGAAGCGGAGGAUGCAGGUGGUGUACGCAAGGAAUUCUUCCUCCUGCUGUUGCGAGAAAUACUGAAACCAGAUUAUGGCAUGUUCACGCACCACAGCGAGACCAAUUUAAUCUGGUUUAAGGAGGGGUCGCUUGAACCAGCAGCGACGUACGCUCUCAUUGGUAUUGUGUGUGGACUUGCAAUCUACAAUUUCACCAUCAUAAACCUUCCAUUUCCACUCGCGCUGUAUAAGAAGUUGCUCGGGGAGUCUGUGGGCCUGGAUAACCUCGCGGACUUGGAGCCAAGUCUGACGAGGAACCUCCAUGAAUUACUGGAGUAUGAGGGCAGUGACGUAGAAGAUAUCUAUGGGCUGAACUUCACGGUGACUCAAGACUUCUUUGGGGAGACCAAGAGCAUCCCACUCAAGCCCGACGGGGAGAAUAUUCCUGUCACAUCGCAAAACAAGCAAGAAUAUGUGGACCUCCUGGUGGACUAUAAGCUCAACACGAGCAUAGAGAGCCAGUACAAGGCCUUCCACGACGGGUUCUAUCGGGUGUGCGGUGGGAUCGUGCUCAAGCUCUUCCAGCCCAUGGAACUCAUGGCCCUUGUCACUGGCAACGAGAACUAUGACUGGACGGAGCUGGAGAGGAGUGCUGAGUAUAAGGGAGAAUAUUAUCCUGACCAUCACGUCAUCAAGAUGUUCUGGGAGGUGUUUCACGAAUUAACGGUAGACCAGAAGAAGCAGUUCCUCAUUUUCCUGACGGGUACUGACCGCAUACCCAUCCUGGGCAUGAAGUCGCUGAAGGUGAUCAUCCAGUCGACAGCCGAUGACUCAUACCUCCCUGUCGCCCAUACGUGUAUUGCCCAGCUUGACUUGCCUGUUUAUAACACCAAGGAGAAACUGCGGUACAAGUUGCUACAGGCCAUCCAGCAGAGUGAAGGCUUUGGUUUGGUGUAAGAGUGGGAAAAAGGUGAUAAAUAUGUAGAUCUCAUUUUGAGAGAAAUGUUUCAAGGUUGAAUUCACAGAUAAAGCCAUUGUGAAUGGUGUGAUCAGUGGAAUGAGUCACUGAAUUUGUAGAAAAUGCUUUUGCUCUUCAAGUGCCGCGAGUUAUAAAAUAGCGUAGCAUUUGGUUGUCCUUAAGCAUAUGCCAGGAAGUAGAGAAAAGGA